AAAUCCGCCCACACGACAUUUUUGCAGCCUCAGCUAUCCCGACUUUGAGAAAUUUCCCAAUCGUCACUCCUCUCGAUUGAACCAGUCAACUAACCUCCAGGUCAAUCAUCAAGAUGUCGCACCGCAAGUACGAGGCACCCAGACACGGCUCUUUGGCCUACCUGCCGCGCAAGCGUGCUGCCCGUCACCGCGGUAAGGUCAAGUCCUUCCCCAAGGAUGACGCCAAGAAGCCUGUCCACCUCACGGCCACCAUGGGCUACAAGGCCGGUAUGACCACGAUCGUUCGCGACCUCGACCGUCCCGGCGCCAAGGCCAACAAGAAGGAGGUCGUCGAGGCCGUCUCCAUCAUUGAUACCCCACCUUUGAUCGUUGUUGGUCUUGUGGGCUACAUCGAGACCCCCCGCGGCCUGCGCUCGCUCACCACCGUCUGGGCUGAGCACUUGAGCGACGAGAUCCGCCGCCGCUUCUACAAGAACUGGUACAAGUCCAAGAAGAAGGCCUUCACCAAGUACGCCAAGCAGCACUCCGAGAACUCCGGCGCCUCCAUCACCCGCGAGAUCGAGCGCAUCAAGAAGUACUGCACCGUCGUCCGCGUCCUCGCCCACACCCAGCCCCGCAAGACCCCCAUCAAGCAGAAGAAGGCCCACCUCAUGGAGAUCCAGAUCAACGGUGGCUCCGUUACCGACAAGGUCGACUUCGGCUACGGUCUGUUCGAGAAGCCCGUCGAGGUCAGCUCCAUCUUCGAGCAGGACGAGAUGAUCGAUGUCAUCGCCGUCACCAAGGGUCACGGAUACGAGGGUGUCACCGCCCGUUGGGGUACCAAGAAGCUUCCCCGCAAGACUCACAAGGGUCUGCGUAAGGUCGCCUGUAUCGGUGCCUGGCAUCCUUCCCACGUCCAGUGGACUGUCGCCCGUGCCGGUCAGAACGGAUACCACCACCGUACCUCUGUCAACCACAAGGUCUACCGUAUUGGCAAGGCCGGUUCCGACAACAGCGCCUCCACUGAGAUUGAUGUCACCAAGAAGACCAUCACUCCCCUCGGUGGCUUCGUCCGCUACGGUGAGAUCAACAACGACUUCGUCAUGGUCAAGGGCUCCAUCCCCGGUACCAAGAAGCGUGUCAUGACUCUCCGCAAGUCCAUGUUCACCCACACCUCGAGAAAGGCCCUCGAGAAGAUCGACCUCAAGUGGAUCGAUACCUCGUCCGAGUUCGGACACGGUGCCUUCCAGACGCCGGCGGAGAAGAAGCAGUACCAGGGUACCCUCAAGAAGGACCUUGCUGCUCAGUAAAUCGCUUCUUCUUCUCAAAUUUCAUUGUAUCAUGGUCAUGGCAUCGGUGUAGAGGGUUCACGUUACUUUUCGGAUGGUUUGGGACACCUUUGAGGUUAAAAUGAGUGCCGAGAAUUCAAAAGUCAAACCAAUGAUACCUAGAUGACCAACCCA